AUGGUGAGCCGCGCGAGGAGAAGCUGGACCGCGGGGGAGGAUGCCCUCCUCAGAGAGCUGGUGCUACAACGACCGGAAAUUGAAAGAUCGCAAUCGUUCAUUUGGCGAGAUAUCGCCGCAUACUUUCCCGGAAGAUCGAACAGGGACUGUCGCAAACGAUGGUGUAACACUCUUGCCAACGGAAGGGUGAAGGGUCCCUGGUUUGAGGAGGAGGACAGACUGUUGUUUGAAGCGGUGCAGAUGCAUGGGAUGAAGUGGACAAGAGUUGCUGAGGUUGUGGGCACCCGGUCUGCGGAUCAAUGCUCGAGCCACUGGCGCCAGGUGUUGGAUCCAAGUAUCAACGCAUGCGACUGGACGUCAGAAGAGGACACACACCUAGUCGAAGCUGUUGCAACAUGUGGGACCAAAUGGUCAAUGAUUUCCGCAUACCACAUCCCGCGAAGAACGACGCUGGCUCUGAAAAAUCGGUAUAUUAAGCUUUGCUCGUUUGGUCCAGUCGAUUGCGCGUCUACGUCCAUCCAAGGUGCCUCAGCGUCGCGAACCGAUUUUGCCAGAGAAGAGCAUGUUAUGCCGACGGGAGAUUUGACUGGGGAUCAUGACAGAGCGGGUGAUGAUGAUGCAAACGAAAAAGGUGCAAAACCCAAGCAGAACCACAACGAGAAUUAUCGCACAACAUACGCGCCCUUGCUUAGUGAAUUGACACCAGAUCUCGCCCGCCCAACGAUGUCCAACCCACGGCAUGUCUGUUCUGGACAUGGCUCGACACCCCUGAAUGGGACGGUCGGAUCACCAAGCGACCAGAUGGUGAAUAAUAAUCAUACGACCAAUGCAACUCCGCUAUUGUCAAGUGCGAGCUUUUCCAGUGGUACCCCAUUUGACGGGUCAGGUGUCAGUGCCCCGUUUAUGGCACAUGGUAAGAUUCCCACCCACAGCAAUCGCUACGCGGCUAACUAUUGA